AUGCGUGCGCAGCGACUGCUGUGGCCCAUCCUUGCAGCUCUCCUGGGGGCCCCCCCGGGGGCCCCCCCGGGGCCCCCCGUGGGGGACCCCCAUGGGUCCUGGGGCCCCCCUUCGGCUCCAGAACCUGCGCAGCAGUCGGUGCCCCCUGUGGGGGCCCCUGUGGGGGCCCCAGUGGGUGAGGGGGCCCCCCUGGGGGGCCCCCCGGGGGCCCCCCGGGGGGCCCCCGGGCGCCGGGCCCCCCGAGAAGAGGAUGAAGCGGCGAUUGCUGCAGCACUGGGCCCCUACUACCUAAGCCCCGCGGAGCAGCAGCAGCGCGGGGCGCAGCAGCGGCGAAGGGCCCUGCUGCGGCAGCUGGGACUUGCUGCUGCUGCACUGGGGGCCCUCGAACUUGUGCUGCGGGUCUAUUUGCUGCCACUGGCCCACGCGCAGCGCCGCGAGCGCCGCAGGCGCAGCCCCGGGAAGCAGCAGCAGGGGCCCCCCGAGCUGCUGCCGCUGCUGCUGGCUUCUCCCCCAGUUGUGGGGUUUGCUGCUGCUGCUCUCGUGCUGCUCUUCUGCAGCACUGCUGCUUUCUACAGAAACCUUUACCUCCUCAUCGUCAGCAAAAUCGGCUGA